AUGACGAUUUUUAUCGACUUGGUCAUGAUUGCUACCGGUCCUAUCGGCGCACUGGUCGCUUCUAACUUCAAGUGGGGUUACUCUGCGUUUGGAUGCGCUGCCCUCUUCUGGAUCUACUUCGUGCUCUGCGGUCCGGCGCUCAAGGCGGCUAAAGACGCUAGCGAUGACCAAAUCUAG